UAGACGCGUGUGUUGCUUUGUUUCCGGUCCCUGCAAGUUGCAGGGUGUGGAGAAAAUGGCAGAAGAAGGGUUAUUUCCUCGAACAGCGCAUUAAAUAAGCGGUGUGGGAUUAUUUAGGAAACAGGAGAAACGACCAGGGUGUCGGCAGUUAAGUAUUCUGUUCACAAUGUCCUCAGUCAGUGAACAUUUAGCAUUAGCUCUUUUAGCUUUCUCCCAUCAGCGAGCGAACGUUGGGCUUGUGCUUCCAGCGCUGUGGGUUGUCCGUUUCAUUUAUGACUAAUUUGUGUAUAUAAUGUAAAUUGUAAUUUAAACAUGAAAUAAAUAUAAAAUACCAAAAAUAAUAUAUACGUUUUGGCCACAUAAAAUUAGACAAAUAUAAAAACAAACUUAAACUUCUGGUAUAAAACAUAAUUGAUGACUUACAUAAUUUAAACAAUUCCGCUGCGGGAUUAAUAAUUGGUGGUAUAUAAAUGGGAACUAAAAAAAUACAAAUACUGUUAAUGUAAUUGUAUUUGUUGUUAUUGACUUCAAGUAAUAUAUUUAGAAUUUUUUUAUCGAACAGUAGUGGUUUUUGUUUAAUUACAAUGUAGUUAUUGUAACUUUUCUUCCUCACCUUUUUGUCUCGUACUUUGUGGUUACUUGACUUUGCUGUUAUAUAUUUUUUGUUAUGUUGGAAUCAGAAGUCAGGAGGCAGAGAGCAGGCUAAACCUGAACAAAGCUCCCAUUGAUGGCAGCCCGGGUCACUGAGCCCCUCUGCAACACUACUCCGCAGCUAACACUAAUUCUAACUUUCAGAAAAACUCACAGUCAGUCCAAAAAAAUGACGACUGGAAUAGAAUUCUGAAUUAUUUUCCGCAUUUGGAUUCAGUUGUAAACCAUGUGUAUUAAUCAUCCUUCAUCUCCAUGACCUGAAUGAUGUGUUGACUUUGUAGGUAAGGCACAGUUUAAUUUGCAAAUGUUUUUUCUCUCUGUCUGAGCCAAUCACAUCAGGACUAAUCAUCGUCCCGUCUCCGAUCACGUUUCUCACUUAUGUGAUGACUCGUCCUUAAAUCUUAGGACAGCUUUAACUAAUCACACUGCUGUUCCAUAAAAGGUCAAUGAAAUGGAAAUAAAUAAAUGAUACAAAUUUCCGAGUUUAGCCUCGAUCACUUGAAUGCAACAGUCCCACUAUUCAUGUAAAUGAAGUUCACAUAUCACUAUAUUGAUUAUUUAAAAUAAAAGAAGUGCAAAUGCAUCAUGCAUGUGCCUAAUUGGUGUGACCUUUCAUUAAUAAAGAAAAAAAAAAUAUAUAUAUCAGAUAAAAUAAGAACUAACAAUAAAUUACACAGUUUCCCAGGUGCACUUUGCUAAGCAAACGUAAUCAUUUGCGUGGGUUAAAAGAACAAACAUUCCGGCACAGAAGGGGUGUGUGGGAUGCUGCUAAAGGAGGGGUGUGUCCACCCAAGAACAGGUACUUAAAUCCUGCUCAGGUGAGAGCACAGGUACACAUCCUGAUCUGAGGAGCCUGGACAGGCAUUGAAAAAUGAUGGCCAAAGUGCUCUUGCCACUCAUGUUGCUCCUGGCGGCCGUGUCCUCCACCUUCGGAAAGGCACCGGAUAAGAAAUACAUUCCAAAGACCGGCAAGCGGGUCCCUCAAGUUCUACACAGAGGAUGGGGCGAUCAACUGAUCUGGGCUCAAACCUACGAGGAAGCGCUGCACUGGUCCAGAUCAAAGAACAGGCCUCUGAUGGUCAUUCAUCACCUCGAUGAUUGUCCACACAGUCAGGCACUGAAGAAAGAAUUUGCUGAAAACUAUGAGAUCCAGAAAAUACUUGAUGAAGACUUUGUCGUCCUCAACCUGGUGCAUGAAACUACAGACAAACAUCUCACCCCUGAUGGAGAGUAUGUCCCCAGAAUUAUCUUUGUCGACCCUUCAAUGACAGUGAGAGCUGAACUAGUCGGGCCCUACAGCAACCACAUGUACACCUAUGAGCCCGGUGAUAUCAAAGUCUUGAUGAGCAACAUGCAGCUGGCCAAGAAGCUCCUCAAGUCUGAGCUCUGAAACCAAGGACGAGGCUCCACAUUAGAACACAAUCUGGUGUUUACCAUCAGAGCCGAUGCCAACACGAUGGUGUCCUGACAGUUUACAGAAAGAAUGAUCUUCUUGAAGAUCAUGGCCGAUUCCCACCUUUGCUAUUAUUACUGUUUUCAUCCUCAAUGUCCUUAAAAUAAAUAUGAAUAUUUCAAAUAAUA